AUGAAAACGGAAGGUAAAGCAUAAACUUGCAAAGUAAAAUCUAAAUCAAUCAUCAUUCAUUCUUUAAUUCACUGAUAAAUGCAACCAUUUAUUUUCCUCACUCACUCGUUCAAUUUCUCUCUGAAUGAAUGCAGGUAAUGUUCAGUUUUGUUCUUUUCUUUAAAAUAAUAACAAUAACAAUAAUAAUAAUAAUAAUAAGAUGGUUAUGGGAUUUAGUAGUGGAAGUAGCCCCUCUUUGAAAAGUUGGUUUUUGUGGAGGGAGGAAAACCAGAGGACCCGGAGAACAAAUUUGCGUAGCAAGGACGAAAACCAACAACGAACUCAACCCACACGUGACACCAGGUCUGGAGAACAAACCUGGGCCACAAUGUUGGGAGUCGAGCACUCUCAGCACUGCGCCAUCCCGGCUCCUCCAGAAAGAAAUAGAAUUUUGAAUUAAUUGUUUACGUUACAACUGCUAUUACAUUUGUGCUACAGAUAUUGACGAGUGCACUCAUGGAAUUCAUGAGUGUCUCAACGAAUCGGCAAACUGUUUAAAUACGGUUGGAUCGUACAACUGUGUUUGUAAAGAUGGUUACCAAGGCGACGGAAAAACCAUUUGCACGCCAGAGGGUAAGUAGUUUGACAGCAUAAAAGUUAUAAAUUGUGACAAUGAAGAGCUUUAGUUUUGCUUAAUGGUUUUUUUCUUUUCCAUAACUAUUUAGAAUGUAUAAGCUACUCACUUCUGACCAGUGGAACACGGAAAACCACCUACGACACACCCCAGGGAAGAGAAUCUUGCGACAACGACCUCAGUGCGGACUGGUUUCGUUUCAAAGGAGAUGCAGGAACGAAGAUGCCAACCAAAUGUGUACCUUACAAAAAAUGUGGCACUGACUCUACGGGUUGGCUAGACGGUUAUCAUCCAACAGUAGCUGAUGGAAAGGUCAGCAGGACGGUUUGCUUUCGGGGUCAUACAGAUUGUUGUAAACAUCCAGUUUAUAUUAAAGUGAGAAACUGUGGAUCUUUCUAUGUUUACCAACUAACGCCACGAACAUCCUGCAACCAACGCUAUUGUGGCACUGACUGA